CCUCCCACAUCAUCUCCACCGCGCGCUCCGGCCGCAGACACGAUGGGGCGCUCCUGUGGGACAGUCUGCGUCCUCCUGCUCCUCGCUGAUCUGGUCUGGUUUUCACGCUGCUUCAACAUUGGCACAUCAGGAGCUCAGGUCUUCACUGGACCCACACACCAAGAGUUUGGCUACGCAGUGCAACAGGCAACAAACCAUGAAGGCAAAUGGCUCCUGGUCGGUGCUCCGUGGAGUGGAUACAGCCAGAACCGAAAGGGGGAUGUUUACAAAUGUCCCAUCUCAGGGUCAAGAAACACCUGCGACAAACUUAAUAUCCAAGAUUCAGUUCAUUUACCUGGUGUCAGUGAAAUCAGCGACAACAUGAACGUUGGGUUGACCCUCACCAGGAUCCCUGCAGUCAAUGGAUAUAUGACGUGUGGUCCUCUGUGGGCGCAGCGAUGUGGUGAUCAAGAUUUCUACCCAGGAAUCUGUACGAAAAUGAGUCCUCUCUUUCAGCCCCAGCCCGCCUUCUCUCCUGCUGUGCAAAAGUGCGGCGCUCCCAUGGACAUUGUCAUCGUCCUGGACGGCUCUAACAGUAUUUAUCCUUGGGAGCCCAUGAAUGAAUUUGUGAAGAAGCUGAUUACAUCACUUGACAUCGGAUGGGACAAAACACGGGUGAGCGUGCUUCAGUAUUCUGUGGGAGUUCAAGUAGAGUUUCAACUUCACGACUACACCGACAAGGACCAGGUGUUCACCGCAGCGUCGGGAAUCACACAAAUGUACGGCCACUCCACAAACACCUUCAAUGCCCUUCAACAUGCCUGUAUGUUCCUCUUCACCGAGGCCUACGGGGGGCGAUCUAGAGCUCCAAACGUCAUGGUCGUGGUCACAGAUGGAGAAUCACAUGACAACAGCAUCAGGGAUACAGCCAUCAACAUCUGUGAGAAAAAUAAAGUCACACGCUUUGGAAUUGCUGUUUUGGGUUAUUACAACAGAAACAACAUUGACACCCAGAACUUAAUCGCAGAAAUCAAAUCCAUUGCAAGUUCUCCGACGGAAAAGUUCUUCUUCAACGUGUCUGAGGAGGCCGCUCUCUCCAAUAUCGCAGGAACACUGGGGACUCGCAUUUUUAACAUUGAAGGCACUGGGAAAGGAGGGGAAAACUUCAAGAUGGAGAUGUCCCAGGUGGGAUUUAGUGCUCACUACUCAAGUCAACAGGACAUGAUGAUGAUGGGGGCAGUGGGAGCGUACGGGUGGAGUGGGACAGUUGUUCAUCAGAGUGGGACAAAAGUGGAUAUUCUUCCUUCCUCCGCCUUUGAAACGACUCUUCAGGACAGGAACCACAGCUCUUUACUAGGUUACUCUGUGAGCACACUGAGCGAUGGUUACACAGAGUACUAUGUGGCUGGAGCUCCGCGCUCGAAUCAUUCAGGACAGGUCAUCGUCUACACCAUGAACGCACAGAAGCUCGUCCACGUGGUUGACUCUGAAAGAGGAAAACAGAUUGGUUCAUAUUUUGGGAGUGUGCUGUGCCCACUGGAUGUGGACAAAGAUGGAGUCACAGAUGUGCUUCUUGUUGGUGCACCGAUGUUUAUGAGCGAGCUAAAGAAAGAGCAAGGAGCUGUUUACAUCUUCUCUGUCACAAAGGGCAUCCUAAAUGAACACGGCCUCUUGAUCGGCCCUGAUCCAACAGAAAAUGCUCGUUUUGGCAUGGCCAUCUCCGCUGUGCCUGAUCUGGACCUGGAUGGAUACAGUGAUGUGGUCGUGGGGGCUCCACUUGAAGACAACAAAGGAGGUGUCCUCUACAUCUUCAAUGGAAAUAAGAAAACAAUCAACAAACAGUUUUCACAGAAAGUAUAUGGCUCCAAACUUGACCCUCAGAUGCAGUAUUUUGGACGUUCACUGGACAGUUACAGAGACUUGAAUGGUGACACACUUUCAGAUGUUUCAGUCGGCGGCUACGGAAAAGUGGUGCAGUUAUGGUCCAGAGGAAUCGCAUCUGUCACCUCCACAGUCACAUUCACUCCGGAUAAAAUAAACAUUCUGAGUAAACUCUGCGACAUAAAGGGACGUAAGACAACAUGUUUCAACGCCAAAGUUUGUUUCACUGGUGCAUUCAGGCCCAAGACCCCCGUUGGACCUUUGGACAUAUCAUACACUUUGACGCUGGAUGCAGACUUACAAGCCACGCGAGUGACGUCCCGAGGACUUUUUUCCAAAAACCAUGAACGUUUUUUGACUGAAACGGCCAAAAUAGCUUCCUCAGCUGUUUGUGUUAGCUAUGAGGUUUAUGUCCAGGAGGCUCCAGAUUUUGUCAACUCCAUCAGUUUAAAGGUUGAGAUUGAGCAACAAAGUGAAACUUCAAACCCAGUGCUGGACGUUUACUCCACUAAGGCCUGGGAGUUUUUUAUUCCCUUCACUAAAGACUGUGGCUCUGAUGAGGUCUGUGUCAGUGACUUGGUGCUCAAUGUGAAGGCACUCAAAGAAAUGUCCAGAUCAGCACCGGUGCUGGUCAGAGCCAAUGAUAAAGAGCUGUCCUUCUUAAUUACUGUGAAGAACAACAAGGAGAACGCCUACAACACACAGGUGAUGGCUGUGUACUCCAGCAACCUUUACUACUCUUCAGUUUUUCCUCCGACAGACAAGGUGAGCUGCACUUCAACACAGGCACAAACAGUGACGUGCCAAGUGGGAUACCCAUUAUUAAGGACGAAUGAAGAAGUUCAGUUUCAGAUCAAUUUCGAUUACAACCUCGAGCAACUGCAGAACAAAGUUGAGGUGACAUUUGAGGCUAAAAGCGACGGAAAAGAAGAAAGACCUGCAGACAACAAAGUCUCUGUCUCCAUUCCUGUCCGAUACGAUGCAGGAAUUGUUCUGUCCAGGGAAACCAACAUUAAUUUCCACGUGGCUGACUCUUCCAUCCCAGUGGUGAAAACAGUGAAGACUCUGGAUGACAUUGGCCCUUUGUUUAACUUUACAGUGAAGGUUUCAACAGGGAUCCUUCCAGUCAACCUCUUGUAUGUGUACAUAAAUCUGCCCCUAACGAGUAAAGGGGGGAAUAACCUGCUCUAUGUGACGAGUGUAGAAACGCCAAAUGGAGGCUUGGUCAGCUGCCCCGAUGUCAGCGCACAAGUCGAUCCACUUAAGAUCCUGUCCGGAGGGAAAAGUCAUAAAGUUUCCUUUAGUGAGGAGAGCUUCAGGGGCUCAGACGCACUGGACUGUAAAACUACAAAAUGCCAGGAAAUAAAAUGCAUCAUCAAAGACACUCAAGCCAUAAGUAACUACUACAUAAAUGUAAAUACAAGAAUAUGGAAUGGCACAUUUACAACUGCCACGUACCAGACUGUGGAGCUGACUGCCAGUGUGAACGUUGAGACGGCUAAUCCUGAUCUGCUCAUAAUUGGCCUCAAGCAACUUCCUGUGGUGCUGACGGUGAACAAACCUGGAGAGAAAGGCGAUGUCCCAGUUGGAGUCAUUGUUGGAAGUGUGUUUGGAGGCCUGGCGCUGUUGGCUUUGGCUAUUGGACUUUUGUGGAAGUUUGGAUUUUUCAAAAGGAAAUACCAGCAGCUUCAAAAAGAGGCAGAAGAUGAUGAACAGAGCAACGCACAGGUGGACGAGGUGUUGUGAGGAUUCUUUUGUCUAGUUUAGUCUUUUUUCUUUUUGUUUAAAUACAACUACUUGAAACAAAUUCAGCAAUAUCUUAAAAACAGUUGUGGACAGAUGUAAAACCUAAGCUGAACAUUUGUAUUGUGUUUGCUGUUGUGCCAGGGGCUUAUGGGUCUACAAUGCUUCUAUUAGUAAAAUGCAAAAAAAAAAAAAAA